AUGUUGUUAAUCUGUUCUUAUUAUAAACAAUUAUUAUACCUACCUAGCUGCUUUUCGUCAAUUGUGCUGUUUUCUUUUGCAAACAAAUUUACUAGUUCCUCCCAACAUUUUCUUCUCAUAUCGCUGUAUUCCUUUUUCCUCAUAUCCCAAAGUGGCGGUCGGUUCUCUACUUCGCUAAUUAGCUUUUCAAUAUCAAUUUUAAAUUCAUCCUAAUUUAGCUAAGGACAGUGUUGGGCUUGGAGGGAUCUGGAGCUACAAAAAAUGGACAAUCCUGGAGAGGGUAUUUAAUAGACAUUAAACAUAGGAUACAACCUAGAGCUGCACAAUAUAGGCAAGAUGCUACAGGUACUCUGGUGGAGGGUGCUAAUGUUGAUAACUUAUCUGAAGUAAAUAUGGCCAUAUUGGGAACAGCAGCAGCAUUUGGAGAUACUGAACUUCAAAUUCCAUUUAGU